CCCAAAGGGCCAAAGUUUAAGAUGUCACUUACGGCCAAACCAUCAUUAGCGGUACAGUCCACUGUCGGAGCUUCGCUUGUCUCGAGCUACAGACAAAACAUUGUUCGGCGAUCGUCCCAAUGGAAUCUGCAUGAUGAGGAGUUUGACCUUCUGUAUUGUGGCUUUGCUGGCUCAUCUGCGGGCUGCGUCAUUUGAUUGCCGUCGAACAUCGCAAUCCUGUACACCACCAACAACCUGUGAUUUCACUUCAAGCACCUGCGACUGUCUUCCGUCACAAGCCCAUGGGAGGGGUACGACUGUGGUCUAAAAACAGCACAAAAAGGAGCCGGCGCUUGUGCGACUUCGGAUCCGUGCAGCACCGACGGUACCUGCUACGACAGCAUUGCUGGAUCAACACUGUGCUAUUGUACUGCUGAUUCCUAUGGUACCAACUGUGACAAAAAAACGACUGACAGUGGCGUGUGAAACAGGGAAAAUGGUGAUAGGCGUGAACCCAGCUGGAGCGUCGUUCACAGGGCAUGCCUACGUCCAAGGUUACCGCGCCGAUGCAAACUGUAAUCUUGCUCAAGUCCCAGAUCCCGCGUCGGCCACUGACAGCAUUCCAGAUACGUGGUUGGGAUAUGCACUUGACUUGGACAACACCGGAACAACCUGUGGAGACGUUGUAGGCGUGACCACUGGAGGUAAAACUGAAUACACACGCACUAUCGUCGUUCAAUACGAGAGUGAUUUCUUGACCUCCAUUGACGACCUUUUCACUGCAAAGUGUGUGUUCAACCUCGCCGAGGCUUUGGUAUUCAGCGGUAUCGCCAAGCUUGAUCCAACGGCUCUGACCGGAAAUCUGAACGAAAUAUCCGCAGAAACAGAGUUCUCUCCCGUGAGGCUGCAACUGACGAGUGGAGGUUCACCGGUCGUUUCAACAACGCCUAUUAACGUGGGCUCUGAGCUCAAGUUUACCUUCUCAGUACCUAAAGAAUACGAGGCGAUAAGGUUGGUCACAGCCGUCGCUGACAACACAGUUACUACAGAUUUGAAAACUCUUAAUAUCGUCACCGCCAGUUGCAUGGAUAAUGCUGCCUAUCCCAUCUCCGUUGAAGCCCCAGCCUGGGACAAUUUCGGAAUAAAUAGAAGGGAGAUAAUAUUCAAACUGAAAGCCUUCCGCUUUGAUGGCAAUGACGAGGUCCGUUUCAAGUUCACCGUUAAAGUGUGCCUCGAAGCAAAUAAUGAAGACUGCGACCCUGAAACGUGUAACGGUGGUGAUACUUUUGGCUUUGGCCGAAAGAAACGAGAGGCUAGUGCUGGUGAGAAAAGCAUCACUAGAAUCAUCACCGUGCGAGACCCCCGGUCUUUCGGACAAGACGGUCAAACUGGACUGACAAACAGCAACUGUCAGAUAACUGGACAGACAACUGCUGCCAUGGUUGCCAUGGGAAUGGUUAUCUUCACACUCCUCAUCCUUUGCCUUGUGCUCAUCGUCCGCUUUGUGUCCCACCGUAAUCGCUUCGAAUCCAAGAAGGACCUCCACGCUUAAAAAGACAUGAUAGCGACUGGUAGCACAAAAUAUCUAUACGAAAACUGUUCUUAUAUCACCUGAACAGUUGACAGUUUCGUACACAUUCUUACACAUUAAUUUAGAAAAUACUCAUUAUUACACAUUAAUUUAGAAAAUAUGUAUUCACUGACAACUUAGUUUUUUAAGAGUUGUCUAAUUCAUAUUUGUGAGCGCAAAGAUUUUGUUAAUAAUGUCAAUUAGGUUUAGAAUAUAAGAUACACCAGAAGAAGGUUCUCUUUAUCGGGCCCGUAUUGAUACUGUCGCAAACAGAAUGUUUUGUCACUCUUAUGCAUGUGAUAGUAACUACCUUAGAUCUCCUUCUGCUUAUAUCGAUAUUGCAAAUCUUUAUGUUAUAUUCUUUUCUUUCUAUAUCCUUUCCUUUUAUAUCUAUUUUCGUAAUAAAACAUCUGACGCUU